AUGGAUUCCUUCAUGCUGCAGGACGCAGCCGCCUUGGACCGCGUGCGCGCAGCCCAAGAGUUUCUUGACCCUCAGAACGAUUCUCAAGGGCGCAGUUACAGGUCAGCCAUCAUCUUGAUGCUGCAGAAGAACCAGAGGAGACUCGUCGUCAAUCUUGAUCAGCUCCGUGCCCACAACCCUGAACUCGCCUCAGGAAUCCUUGAAGAUCCCUUCGACUACAGUAUAGCCUUCAAUCAUGCCCUCAAGCAAAUCGUCAAGACCUUGCCGCAGUCUGGCGACGCCGAAAAACUGAACGAUGUGUCAUACUAUUGCGCUUGGGCCGGUAGCUUUGGCAUGAAUGCUUGCAACCCCCGCACGCUGUCCUCGCAACACCUGAACAGCAUGGUGUCCCUUGAGGGCAUAGUCACCAGAUGCUCUUUAAUUCGCCCAAAGGUUGUGAAGAGUGUACACUACAAUGAGGCCAAGGACGUCUUCCACUUCCGCGAAUACCAGGACCAGACCAUGACCAAUGGAGUUACCACGUCGAGCGCUUAUCCGCAGGAGGACGACGAAGGAAACCCCCUCACCACCGAGUACGGUUUUAGCACCUAUAGAGACCAUCAGACUGUUUCUAUCCAGGAGAUGCCCGAGCGUGCCCCUGCCGGUCAGCUACCCCGUGGUGUAGACGUGAUACUCGACGAUGACCUCGUGGACAAGGUCAAGCCUGGCGACCGCAUCCAACUUGUCGGCAUUUACAGGACUCUUGGAAACCGGAAUACAAACCACAACAGCGCCCUGUUCAAGACGGUAAUCGUUGCCAAUCACAUUAUUCUUCUGUCUUCAAAGUCUGGGGGAGGUGUUGCAACCGCCAUAAUCACUGAUACCGACAUUCGAAACAUCAACAAAGUCGCCAAGAAAAAGAACCUUCUUGAUCUGCUGUCCCAGUCACUCGCCCCCAGUAUCUAUGGUCACGCUUAUAUCAAAAAGGCAAUCCUUUUGAUGCUCCUCGGUGGCAUGGAAAAGAACCUGGAGAACGGUACCCACUUAAGAGGUGACAUCAAUAUUCUCAUGGUGGGCGACCCCUCCACAGCGAAGUCCCAGCUUCUCAGAUUCGUCCUUAAUACGGCACCGCUUGCCAUAGCUACAACCGGUCGCGGCUCGUCUGGUGUUGGUCUAACGGCUGCUGUGACUUCGGAUAAGGAGACUGGAGAAAGAAGACUUGAGGCCGGAGCUAUGGUUAUGGCCGACCGUGGUGUUGUUUGCAUUGACGAGUUCGACAAGAUGUCCGACAUCGAUCGAGUUGCCAUUCAUGAAGUUAUGGAACAGCAAACUGUCACCAUUGCUAAGGCCGGUAUACAUACAUCACUAAACGCCAGAUGCAGCGUUGUUGCCGCCGCCAACCCCAUAUUCGGACAGUACGACACCCGCAAGGAUCCGCACAAGAACAUUGCCCUGCCGGACUCUCUUUUGUCACGUUUCGAUCUUCUGUUCGUCGUCACCGACGACAUUGAGGAUACGAGAGAUCGACAGGUCUCAGAGCACGUUCUACGGAUGCACCGCUACCGUCAACCAGGGACCGAAGAAGGUGCACCAGUGCGCGAGAAUGCCGGUCAAUCCCUCGGCGUCGCUCUAAAUAGUCAAACCGAUACUCAGCGACCCACUGAUGUUUACGAGAAGUUUGACGCGAUGCUUCACGCUGGCGUCACUUUGACGUCUGGCCGCGGAGCGAACAAGAAGCCCGAGGUACUCAGUAUCCCUUUUAUGAAAAAAUACAUCCAAUACGCCAAAACUAGGAUCCGCCCGGUUCUGACCCAGGCGGCAUCAGACCGCAUCGCUGACAUAUAUGUUGGUCUGCGAAACGAUGAGAUGGAGGGCAACCAACGCCGAACUAGUCCUCUGACUGUUCGUACCUUGGAGACUUUGAUUCGUUUAGCGACUGCUCAUGCCAAGUCUCGACUUUCCAAUAGAGUGGACGAGCGGGACGCGCUUGCGGCCGAGGGAAUCCUUCGUUUCGCCUUGUUUAAAGAGGUGGUGGAGGAUGAGUCGAGAAAGAAGCGGAGAAAGACUCGAACCACAGAAUUUGCUUCGUCCAGCGAAGAAAGCUCCUCUGACGAGGACGAUGAUGACGGGAACUUCAGAAGCUCAGCUGCCAGGUCCUCGGCCGCGCGACCUACGCGAUCUACAAGAGGUGUUGCGCGUCCUCGAGCCGCCGCUGACGACCGGCACGAUAAUAGUGCCAAUGGAGCUGCUCAGGAAAGCGAUGCAGAGUCAGCAACACGGCCCGACACAGAAGGUGUUGAAGAAGAAGGCAUACAUGACGCCAUUCCCCGGACUUCGCGCCGUCGUGGUGGUGGAGCUAAUUCCUCGAGUGCGGCGCUGCAUACUCAGACAUCUUUUGCUUCUUCAGUGCCUGUGUCACAGUUGCCUUCGCAGUCGCAAGAGGAUGCUGAGGAUGAGGAUGAACUGGCUUCAGAGACAGCCGGUCUCGCCAUUGCAGACGAGCCUAUCACCCCUCAGCGACUGACGGCGUUCAGGAGCGCUCUUGGCCAGUUACUCAAUUCGGCCUUGUUUGACGAUGAUUCGGCCAACGUUGACGCUGUUAUUGAAGCCGUCAACAAGAAGCUGCAGUCUCGCAGUGGUGGCGCUUUUGGCAAACAGGAGGCUGUCAAGGCUCUGAAGAAGAUGGACGAAGCAAACCAGAUCAUGUACACUGAUGGCGAGCUUGUAUACAAGAUCUAA